GACAUCGCCUAAUUCGCCUUCCUCCAACGCCCUCCGAAUAUUCCUUCCUGCAUUCCCAUGUCCCCCCUCCAAACGAAAAAAACCCCCCUUAAAAACCCUGAUAGAAAAAAUACCAAGACUCUCUGACGGCGUUGCAGACGAUGACGUGCGCGAAGCACCGCAUCGCCGCCCACUUCGUUCUCCUAUUCUUCUUCUUCCCGGCGGCGAUGGUGGCGGCGGCGGAGGAGGAGCGGAUCCCGACAACCCUGGACGGCCCCUUCCGGCCAGCGACGCGGCGGUUCGACCCGUCGCUCCGGCGGGGAAGCGACGAUCUCCCGAUGAACCACCCCCGGCUCGCCAAGAAGGUCCGAUCCCCAUUCCCCGAGCAGAUCGCCCUCGCGGCCUCCUACUCCCCGACUUCCAUGUGGGUUUCUUGGGUCACCGGGGAUGCUCAGAUUGGAAAGAAUGUGACUCCGAUGGAUCCGUCGACGGUGGCGAGCGAGGUUUGGUACGGGGAGGAGAGCGGAAAAUAUAGCUUUGUCAAGGGAGGGACGGCCACCGUCUACAGCCAGUUGUAUCCGUUCGAGGGGCUCUUGAACUACACCUCGGCCAUCAUUCAUCAUGUACGGCUCGAAGGCCUUAAACCAGGAAAGAGAUAUUACUAUAAAUGCGGAGAUAGUUCUUUAAAGGUUUUGAGCAAAGAACAUACAUUUGAGACUUUUCCCUCAUCUGGCCCAAACAUGUAUCCUCGUCGAAUUGCGGUGGUUGGAGAUCUAGGCCUCACAAGCAAUACGACAACUACCAUUGAUCAUCUGAGUCAGAAUGAUCCUUCUAUGAUUCUAAUGGUUGGAGACUUGAGCUAUGCAAAUCAAUACUUGACUACAGGUGGCAAAGGUGCGUCCUGCUUUUCUUGUGCAUUCCCUGAUGCACCCAUUAGAGAGACAUACCAACCACGCUGGGACGGGUGGGGAAGGUUUAUGGAGCCCCUCACAUCAAAGAUUCCUAUGAUGGUGAUAGAAGGAAAUCAUGAAAUCGAGCCACAAGUUGGUGGGAUGUCGUUCAAAUCUUAUCUGACACGAUUUUCUGUUCCAUCAGAGGAAUGUGGCUCCAAUAGCAGUUUUUACUAUUCAUUUAAUGCUGGUGGAGUGCACUUUAUCAUGCUAGGGGCUUAUGUUGACUACAACCAGACAGGUGCUCAGUAUGCUUGGCUUAAGGCAGACCUGCACCAAGUUGAUCGCCAAGUCACCCCUUGGUUGGUGGCUACUUGGCAUCCACCUUGGUAUAAUAGCUAUUCAUCACACUAUCAAGAAUUUGAAUGCAUGAGACAGGAAAUGGAAGCGCUUCUAUAUCAGCAUGGUGUUGAUAUUGUCUUUUCUGGCCAUGUCCAUGCUUAUGAACGGAUGAAUAGUGUGUUUAAUUAUACAUUGGAUCCUUGUGGACCAGUUUACAUAACCGUUGGAGAUGGUGGAAAUAUUGAGCAAAUUGAUAUUGAUCAUGCAGAUGAUCCUGGAAAGUGUCCUUCAACAAGUGACAAUAUUCCUGAAUUUGGAGGUGUCUGCCAUUUAAAUUUCUCUUCAGGCCCUGCAAAGGGCAAAUUUUGCUGGGAGCAACAACCAGAGUGGAGUGCAUUUAGAGAAAGCAGUUUUGGACAUGGAAUCCUAGAGGUUAUCAAUUCGACAUAUGCCCUGUGGACUUGGCAUCGUAAUCAGGAUAUUUAUGGAGAAAACAGCAGAGGAGAUCAAAUAUACAUAGUACGGCAACCUGAACUAUGCUUGAUGAACAUUGGAGAAGUUACUUCCAGAAACUGUUCUCGCUCUUCUCCACAAUGCUCUUCAUCAAAUCAAUGUGCAUCACAAGGCGUUCAGUAUAGAUAUCUCUUCAGCCUUCUCAUGAUUGGAUCUUUAUGUGUCAUCCUGGGUGACUUAUGGAAGACAAUGUUCUCCUGGUAAGAGGUGAGAAAUUUGUCAGUUAGUUCAACCUUCAUCUCAACGGCGAGGAGUUCCGUGUCCUCGUUAUGCUUGGGCAAAGUAUGAUGUCGGGCCUUUUUUUUUUCGUAUUUGUGUGUUGCUUGCCCUUUCUAAAACAGGUCUGGGCAUACGCCAAAGGAUUUUUCAAGAAAAAUAAUAAAUUGUGUGAUAUGAAGAUCUGAUUCAGAAAAAAAAUAUAACCAUUUUAUCUAUCAGUUUGUUCGAAGAAUUAUUUGGAUUUUAUCCAGUAGUUUUGAGUUCUACUGUUCUGAAGUAACAGAAGUCAAGUGUAAUUUGUUUGACCAUAGAAUCAAAGAUUGUUGCAUUUUUUAGUGGAAAAGAUUGUCUGCAGCAUGGCCAUUGUGGCUGGCGAGAAAGAAUUCUACCUGCUGCUUUCUCGCAACAA